CGUCCGGUCUGAUUUGUAGGCGCAGGCGUAUAACGGGAGUGAGCACUAAAUACAACCGAUCUGAGCAAUUGAGUAUGCACCACUCUAGAGCCGUUUGAGGGCGUUUCGCCACCGCAGGAAGAAAGCUAUUGCCUUAGUAAACACUCUGCAUGGAUAUGCAGAUCGAGAGCGUGUGCCAUGAACGAUGCUAUAACAGACAGUUUGGAUAGAACGCUACUACAAUUAGGAACAAACGGGUGUGCUAGCGCAAACUCGGACAGCAAGGCAAGUGACUGAUAAAGCUGAAAAGUUGUGUACUCGCACAAGCAAAUUUGUGGGCAAUAGCGAGCGUGUUAUGAGAGCGUUCUAUGUUUUUCGAUUUUGUUUUUGUAUACUGAUCAAACACUCGCGAGUAUUUAAUUGAAGAAAAUGUGGAAAAUUUGAAAAAGCGUAUAUUUGUACAGAUGUGUGGGAGCAGUACAAGCGUGAACGGUGAAAUAUUUCGAGAAAACAAAUAAGAUUUUCUAAAAGCUAAAUAAACAAAUUAUUAAAUAUGUGGUGUUGCAUAAAAUACAAAUUACUUUGAAUAUGCAAAUGUUGUGGAAUUUUAAUAGCACCUUUUAUAUAAUAAACGUAGAGGUAUCUACACACAUGUGUAUAUAAAGCUGAAUUAAAUAAACUUAAAAGUGCAAAUUCUGGAUACACAAAAUCUACAUACUUACUUACAUAUUUAAAUCGGCGAGUACCAGCAACGCUGCUGUUUAUAUAGACUUUUUUUGAAUCCAGUGAGAAAGUAGCAAGAAGCCGAAGACAGGAAGAGCAGCAGCACACAUGCCGCCAUUAAAGAAAAUCACCGGAUAUAUAAACCUUUGGGAGCUAUCAACAAAUCUGUCAUCAAAGAAUUUGACAGCUACAUUACCGCAGAUAAGGGCAGAAGACUCUGAUGUAUUAUAAAUAAAUCCAUCAACAGCGAUUGAAGCGCGGCAUAACCGCGAACCAAAAACCAAUCUAAGACACCAACAACAAUUCAACAUUUACAUUACGAUAUUUCCGCUUGAAAAGGUGAUUGUCGCUAGAGAUCACACAGGGGAUCAACGCAGCCGCGCAAAGUGAUCAAACAUCAAACGUCGAUCGUCAAAUGAUAAACGGGAAAAACACAUGUUGCUUGCGAUCGACAGAAGUGCGUGCAAAUGCAUAGACAACAGCAACAGCAACAACAAUUGUGACAACUGGUAAAAUAGCUAGAAACAACAACAGCGCACUACUAAAGCAGCAGUAAUAAAUUAAAAGCAGAAAUAGAGAGUCUCAAAUUAAAAGAAACUAAAGUGGAUUUCCGGUGAAUCAAGAAGCCAAAACCGGAGCAACAACGGCAACAACGACAACAACAACGCACAGCGACUGAAGCAUCCGCAUGACAAAACCAUAUACACCGCACAUGUGUCAACGCGCACCCCUUGCGAGGUAUUUACAAAAAUAAACAGGCGGGUGCAACUAAAAAUGGAUGCAACACGCGACAUAGCUACGAACGCACCAACUGCAACAAUAACAACAACCUCACACACAAACACAUUUCAAGCAAAUUCUAUAGCCUCGGGCAGCCCAAAGUACUCGAGACGCUGCUGGAGCAAAAGUAUGGCCGCCGCCACAGUCAUAGACGCUGCCGAAACGACAGCGAGUCAUAAACCACAGCGUAGUCACAUAAAUUACAAAAAUAGAAACCAGCGACAGUGUGGAGUUGCCACGGCAACGCGUAAACGCACAGCUAUAGUCAGUAGCCACGCAGAUAGUGGCGGACGUAGCACGAUACCGACAAUGGGCGCAUUUUCGGAACUCAACAAAAGCAAAAUUAUCUCCCUCAGCAUUUUGCUAUUUUGCAUACUCUAUGCAACGCCUACAGUGUCGGCCAGAAAGCCCACUUCGCAAGAGCUCAACGAUUACGACGAUGCAGUGUUCGAGGUGCAAAAGCGUAGCGAAGUGCAAGAGUUUGCCACCGAGACGGUAGCAGAAAAUGGCGACAUAGACAGCUUGGGCGGCGAUGAUGCUAGCGGUACGCUUAGGAAUAACGCUAGCGCCACCAACACGGAUGAGAGCGAACUUACUGAUUUCGCGCCACGUUUCAAGAAUUCCAAAUAUCUGCCGAAUAUACACUCGAAACCCUCCGGUAGUUAUAUACAACUCUCAUGCCCAGCAAUUGGCCGACCAAUGCCGAACAUAACAUGGACACGCAACGACACGAAGAUCUUACGACAUAUGGGACGUGUGCGCAAAGUGAAAUGGGUUAUACAUAUGGAAGACCUGGUGCCAGAAGAUUCGGGCAUCUAUAAGUGUCGCAUAUGCAACUAUUUAGGUUGCAUCGAACACGAAACGAAAUUGAUCAUCAGCGAUCGUGUAAAUCACAAACCGAUUAUAUUGAAAGCACCUAUGAAUCUAACAUUGCCGUUAAAUGCGAGCGGCCAUAUGGAAUGUGUAUACUUGUCGGAUUUGCACAGCAAAAAAACCUGGACAUUCACGCCUUGUAAUAAAACAUCCUGUUCGCUGAAUACCACUUUCCUGAAGAAUGUGGAAGAUGUAGAUAUUUUGAAUUUCACCAAUGUGAUGCCGGAAAAUGAGGGCUGGUAUACCUGCAUAGAAAUGAACGGCCUUGGUCAGUCACACAGCAGCGCUUAUCUGCGUGUGCAAGAUCCCAGUAUACGCGCCGUAGUGAAAUCUAUGCACGGCUAUGAGAUAUGGGGUAUUGUGGCCGUUAUGGUGUUGCUCGCAUUGGUAUGCAUCAUCUUCUUCGUAUAUGUGCUGCGCAAAGUGAAACAUGAAAAGCUGCUCAAACAACGCAUCGAGACGGUGCAUCAGUGGACGAAGAAGGUGAUCAUAUAUAAGCCGCCGAGUGGCGAUUCCAGUGGUUCAAUGGAUACUAUGAUUAUGCCGGUGGUGAAAAUCGAAAAGCAACGCACGACUGUGCUGCAAAGCUCCAACUCGGAACCGGCACCAUUUAAUGAGUACGAGUUUCCGCUGGAUUCUAAUUGGGAAAUACCGCGCUCACAACUGAUACUGGGCGCAACACUUGGUGAGGGUGCUUUCGGACGUGUCGUCAUGGCCGAGGUUAAUAAUUCAAUUGUCGCCGUGAAGAUGGUGAAGGAGGGUCAUACUGAUGACGAUAUUGCAAGUUUAGUGCGUGAAAUGGAGGUCAUGAAGAUCAUCGGUAAACACAUCAAUAUAAUUAAUUUACUUGGCUGUUGCAGUCAAUCGGGGCCGCUCUAUGUGAUUGUCGAAUUCGCACCGCAUGGUAAUCUCAAAGACUUUCUCAACAAAAAUCGUCCGCUAGCCGCUGGCACACUUAAGGAUUAUGGUGAUCAGCAACAUCAGCUACCGCUACCGAAGCAUCAUCUCACCGAGAAGCAUCUCAUUUCGUUUGCUUUUCAAAUUGCGCGCGGCAUGGAGUACUUGGCAUCACGCCGCUGCAUACACCGCGAUCUGGCCGCACGCAAUGUGCUCGUGAGCGAUGAUUAUGUCAUGAAGAUAGCGGAUUUCGGUUUGGCGCGCGACAUACAGGACACCGACUACUAUCGCAAGAACACCAACGGUCGUUUGCCGAUCAAAUGGAUGGCGCCCGAAUCGCUGCAGGAUAAAUUCUACGACUCACAGAGUGACGUCUGGUCUUAUGGCAUAUUGCUUUGGGAGAUAAUGACCUUCGGCGCCCAGCCAUACCCCACCAUCAUGUCGGCGGAGGAACUCUACAGCUACUUGAUGUCCGGUCAGCGUAUGGAGAAGCCGUCUAAAUGCUCGCUGAAUAUUUAUAUGCUUAUGCGUCAAUGUUGGCACUUCGAUGCUAGUGCACGUCCGACCUUUGCUGAGAUUGUCGAGAACCUCGAUAAGCUGCUGUUGGCCAAUGAAGAUUAUCUCGACGUGGCGGUGGCGAAUCUGGAAACGCCACCAUCGUCAAGUGACGAUGAAUCGGAUGUUGAAUCCCUGCGCUAUCACUAUAAAUAAGUAAAUUGGUCUUUGGUCUGACGAUUUAUAGGUUGUAUAUACACAAUUAAAUGAAAAUGUUAGCGUUGGAAAUAGGAGUUGACGCUGCGCUCUCCAUAAUACUCAUAAAAAUUAGGUUAAGUCGACGAAAGUAUUUAAAUACUCGUUAAGUUGCGAGCUCAAAUUAGUAUAUUUAAUUACUCAUAGGAAUAUUAAUUAAGGCGUAAUAUAAAAUUUAGUUAAUACUAUACAUUUUAAUUGAAAAUAUUAUUAUUUAUAUAACACUUCUCAAUGCUUUCAUGGCAAAGUUGUAGAACCAAAGGCAAAAUACCAAAAAUUAGUUAAGUCAUAGGCUUCGACCCGUUGUGCAAUAAUCGUGUAACUCGGUAAAUCGGAAGCUCAAUAUAGUUUUA